UGUCAGUCAGCAGUGAGGCGGGAGCAGGAACAUUCCUCACUGAUGGAAGAAAAGAGAAAGUUUCCAAGAUGGCCGGACAGAGCUGCCUGUUCGCAGGGAAACAAUAGAAGCAGGGAGGAGGGACGCGGUUAGCCUGUGCUGUGGCUCGCUCUGAAUCGCUCAUUCCCCGAUUCGGGCUCGGUCACAGAGAAGGAGGAAUAUCCGCUGCGGUGAUUCGAAGUCACUUAAAGUAUGAGGAUUUAUUUAAAUGUUUCAGGCCCGUCGACCCAUAACACAGCGGCUAACGGCUACAGGGAGGCGGAGGAUCAGCUGCUGUUCGCCGGACAGAUGCUGUAGGGAGAGCCGACUGCUACGUUUUCACAUGAGUGCCGCUGCGACUGAAGGCCGUUAGAGACAAAGGUCGCCUCCAUGGAGCCAGGACAGGAGUCUUUGUAAAGGGCCAGGGGGGUGUAUAGACGCCCAGAGUGACAUAAUCUGCAUUUUAUGGACGAAACCUGAGGCGGGAGUUCACUGCAGGUCUUUAUUGAUGAUGGCGGAUUUUGUUACACCGCGACACAGCGCGGUGAUGGAGCGGCUCCGCCGGAGGAUCGAACUCUUCCGGCAGCAUCACAACAACUGCGAAACCCGCUACGACGGCGCCACGCCGGAGCGGCUGGAGCUGGACCGGCAGCACACCAUCAGCCUGCACCAGCGGCUGCUGCAGAACAAGGCCAAGCGGGCCAGCAAGCACCGGCAGCCGCAGCCCAGCGCGGAGCAGGACGCCCAGCGGGCGCCGGGUGUCGGCGCGGAGGGCGGCGGGACGGCGGCGGAGCAGAGCCGGAACACAACCCGGCAGGUGCUUCAUGACGUGGUGAAGAGGAAGCUGGAGGGCGGCGGCUCCCCUCUGAGUAACGGCGUGUGUGACGGCCUGCCGGCCAAUAAGAAGGCCUGCCUGGAGAACGGCGCCGGCCCGGACGCCAAGCCGGGCCUGACGGACCGGGCCGCCAACGGGCCGCGCAGGGCCGAGCCGCCGGACCCGGAGCCCGACUUCCACCAGAAGGAGAUGAAGCAGGAGCCGGAGGACAUCCUCCCCAUCAUGCCGCCGUCGGUCGCCGGGGGCAACGGGCUCUUCCUGGACCUGAACCUGAACGAGCAGGAGUGGAAGGAGCUGAUGGAGGAGCUGAACUGCUCCGUCCCCAUCGAGGACAUCCAGGACAUCCUCAACUACAGCUUCGAGGACCGCAAGGAGCCGCUGGGGGGCCCCGGGCCGGGGCCCGCCGGGGCCCCUGCCAUGCUCCCGCACCUGUCCUCUGGGCCCCCGCUGAGCCACCCGGCCGCACAGAGCUCCGCCACCGUCCUCAACUACAAGAACACCAUCCCUCUGUCGCACUACGAAGCCGGCCCCGGGGGGCCCGGGCCCCCGAGGGCCCCCGGCGGCCAGGGCCAGGACAAGGCGGCCCUGCUGAACCUGCUGAGGCAGCAGAAGCAGAGCAGCAUGAGCUUCAGGCCGCACCUCACACACCCACAGGAUCAGAACUUCUCGGCUCCUCCUCACGUUUCCGGUCCGGCCAACUCCAUGACCUCCGGCCCCGGGAACAACGUCAUGGCGGGGCAGGCGCCCAACGCCAUGGCGGGUAACCAUGGCAACGCGGCCUUCCUGAGAGACCCGAUGGCGGCGCUGAAGCAGCAGCAGAUGCUGGAGCAGCAGAAGAAGCAGCAGCAGUUCAUGCAGCGGCAGCUGCUGGCCGAACAGGAGAAGCAGCGCCAGGACCAGCAGCUGCAGCGACACCUGACCCGACCGCCGCCGCAGUACCAGGACCAGCCGGGUCCAGCUGCCGGCCAGAACCCGUUUCCCCAGCAGAACGUCGGGCCGUUCACAGGUUCCUCUCAGCCAAUCAGCAACAUGGGCUCCAUGGGAAGCCCCGCCCCCGGCGCCCGCAUGUUUCCCCAGAACCAGGGCAUGAUGGGAAUGAGCAUGGCGSAGGGGGCGGGGCCCGGCGGCAGCGUGGCCGCGCCUCCUGCGGCCAGUCAGGGCGACAUCAGCCUGCCGUCUUGUGGAGGGGGCGGAGCCAGCGUGGACUCGCUGUACGGCGCCUUCGCCGCUAACGCCUUCCACAUGCAGCAGCCACGCAUUCCCAAAAUGGCCGUCGCCGGCUCCACCUCCUUCGGUGGGCGCGCCGUGCCGGGCCUCAACCAGCAGAUGAUGCAGACUAACAUGGCCGCCCAGCAGAGGGCGCCGCCAGCCGCUCAGACUCAACAUCAGCCAGCCAAUCAGAGCGCUCCGGUGCUGCCGGACCUGGCGGCGUACGGACCGCCGCAGGCCGGCGGGCGCCAGGCGCUGCCGUGUAACCAAGGUUACCAGGUGAGCCGCGGCGGCGGGCAGCAGCAGCAGCAGCUGUCGUUCGGCUACAACGCGGCGGCGGGAAGCUUUGCCGCCGAGAGCGAGCUGGUCGACUCGCUGCUCAAGGGCCAGAGCACACAGGAGUGGAUGGCCGACCUGGACGAGCUGCUGGCCGGACACACAUAGGCCUGGUCCUGACCCGGUUCUGGUUCUGGUUCUGACAGGAAGUGGGCGGCCGUUUGCUUACAGGCUGACAGUCGGUUGGUUCUGACCUCUGAACUGAAACCAGCAGUGGAGCGAUUCUCCUGGUAGAACCGGACUGGACCAGAACCGCCUCAUCAUCAUCGUGUGACUCCAGCUCUUGACUGGACAAACAGGAAAACGGCAUUAAAGGUUUAGAUUACAUCACUUCCUGUUCUCAGAGCCACGCCCCGUCUGGUUUACGUUUCAGUUUGGAAAAACCAACAUGGAGGUCAGAGGUGUUCUGAUGUCACAGCAGACGAACCAAUCAGAGAGCAGAACCAGCCAGACUGUGGUUCUGCUCUCUGAUUGGUUCAUUCUGGUAACCAGUCAGACAGCAGGUCAAUGUUUUGUUGGUUCUGAUUGGAGAGCAGAACCGAACUUGUUCAUUUUCCUUCCCAUUGAUCAGUUAUUGGGUCUGAAUCAGUUUCACGACGUAUUUAUUGAUCCCUGCUGAUGACAUCAUCGACUCGUCAGAACCAUCCAGAACCCGACCCGGGUCUUUCACCAGGCGCCCCAGAAGUUUGAUCCACUUCCUGUCCAACCCCAGCUCUGGUUCCCAGGUGUGUUGAUGACAUCAUCACUGCGCUGCGGCCAGAGAUACAGGAACCGUUCCCAGAAUGACCUCCUGUUCCUGGAUGUUGGCGCUUCCUGGUUCUGCCAGGCGUGUAAAUCUGACGGAGUACUACUGAACCACUGGACUGCCCCCCGCCCCCGCCCCCGGCCCCCUGUGGCGGCCAUCUUGUUCCUCCUCGGCCUCCAAGCUGAAGCUUCAUUUUCAUACUGUAGGGAAAUUUAUGGAAACAACAACAGUUGGUUCUGUGUAUGCAAAGCUGCUCCUCUCUGGAUGUUUCCGUGGCGAUCACUCUGCAUUAAUGAAGCUCUGCAGGAAAUGCAGCCUGAACCCCGAGUCCGGUCUGCCAGGCCGCAGAUUAUAAUCUGACCUUCAGCGUCUAAUCCAGCAGAAAAACCCAGUAAUGUGUUAAUCUGCUGCAGCUUCAGGUCAGGAAGUGAAGCGGUUCUGAUCCAGAUCGUAACGCUGGGACGGCCAACAUCGCCUCGGGACGUUUUCUGACAGCGUGGGAUUAUCUACUGUACUGUUUCUGUGUGUGCGGUUGGGUUUGGCUCGGUUCUGCCGCCUCUGGGCCCAAACGGCUCUCUGUAAAUGUCUAUAAAUAUAUUUUUGUUAUGUAAACCUUUCCUAAUGAUCUGGAGAAGAUAGAAGUUAUUUUUAUAUAUUGCAGCUGAAUUUUGUAAGUAUUUUAUACUUUUGAUAUGGUUCUCUGUAAAGCAAGAGUAUUAUGUAAAUAUAGUUCUCUAGAAACAAAUCUGCAGUUUGGUUUGGUUUUUAUCUGGAAACAUCGUCGUCAUGAUUCGGCUUUUUGAAAAGUAGAAAAUAAAGUUUCAUCCUUUGUCUCAA